UUAAACAGCAACAUUUUGAACUGUUUCAAGUCAAGGAUGACACAUUAAGGAGAGAAAAUGUGGGAUGUGUUAAGACGCAACAGAGUAAGAGAAAGAUGUUGACUGAAAGGUUGAUUUUUUUUUGUUCCAUAUACGGUAAUCAUUUGAGUAAGUCAUUGAAGCCUGAAGGACUUCCUGUGACACAGGGGAGUCAACUUUUUCAUUCAAACUGCACACUCAAAUGGCUUUUCAACUCACAUAUAAGUACUCUACAGAUUUGCUCCGUGGUCUUAUCAUAGUUUGUAUUUGUAUGUUCGUUUAGGUGUGGUUGUCAUGAUCAGGAGCAUGUUUGGACGUCUGUGUGAGCUCCUCAAACACUGCCAGCUUCGACUUCUUCUCAUUGGUGUGAUUCUGGAGUCAUGCGUGGCGUGCUCGUCAGGACAGAUUGAACCAGGUGGGCAUUGGUGUUUAAUGUCUGGUGUCCUGCAGGUCGGAUAAUUACACAUCCAAGUACAAGCACUGCCGCCUUGCCUUGCCGGGUAACUAACGAAUCAUCACCCCAAAAGUCAGGCUGUGGACUGAAAGUUAUUUUAUAAAGGUUUUAUUAUUUUAUUUUUGGGUCAGGUGGUGUUGCUGGCAUGGAAUGUUUUGGAAAAUUUCACUCUCAGGGUUUGAUAACAUGUCAUUGGAGACGUGGAGCAGCCAGGGAAGAGCAGGCAAAGUUCACCCUUGUUAUCCGGCAAAAGAAUGACCAAUACUGUAAAGUGUACAAGACCACGGAGGACACGUUGACAAACAUCGAAGUGUUCGAUCGUAACUUGACCGUGGAGGUUCUGGAACAGAUCGGAUCCAAAUGCUCCAAAGAUAUCGUCACAGCGCAUUACAGCAACCUCUUGCGCUGCGGACCACCGCGACGCGUCACUUUCAGGCGUCAUUCGCACGGUUGGGUCGACGUCAGCACUCAGUGGAGUCCGGACGACGCCAGGGUCAUCACAUCUGUCUGCGUGCGUCACAAAAAGGUCACAGACCACCGUGACAACCCCCAUCGCCAUGACGAUGGACAAUGGCACCAGACAUGUUGCCAGGGUGCCGCCGGGUGUCAUCUGGCGGGUGUGAAGGGCUUGCCGGUGCUUGAGGUUCAAGUGGCUUGUGAGACCAACGACAAGUGUUCUCAGUGUCCAUGGAGUCAUGUUUACACGCUCCCGCCGGAGCUGACCAGUCCGCCACUUGGCCUCCACGUAAUGGAAAACAAGAUGGCCGACAGAGGAGGACAAAGAAUUAUCUCGCUGACAUGGACGUUCUUGGAGGGACAUGACGGCUUUAAUGUGUCUGUGGCCAAAUUGUCAGGAGAGCCUCCCCGGGAGGUCCUCAGCGUAGCACGGCCGCCCAUCAAGUUGCUGCUGUCCAACUCCGCCUUUCAAGUCCACGUCUCUGCUUUCACCAAUGUUAGCAUGUCACCGGCUGCUAGCAUCACUGUGAUGCCACCGCGUGAAGAUGAUGACAGCGUCUCUGAUGAUGGCGGUAGACUGAGCGUGCGUGUCCACAACCAGACCACCUUCACUGUUUUGUGGAAGGACGACUUAGUCAAGAAGUACAAGUGCUUCUGUCUGGAGUGGAGUGCAACCCAUGGACCAAAUCCACCAAAGCUGUUCUAUAAAUCCUUCUAUGAGGAAGUCAUCAACUUCUGGACGCUGUUUAAUAUCCCAGAGCGACUGCGGGCUUACACCAGCUACGACGUCUGGCUACACGUGCGUGACCAACAGCAAACGUGCAACCUUAAGCAAGUGAAUAACAGCCAGGAGGCCACCUACGCCAAAGCACGCUUCUACUUCCGGGAAGGAUCUCCGGUGAGCGCUCCUUCCAACGUCAGCGUGGUGUCCGUCACGUCGACCUCUCUGGAGCUGCGAUGGUCGUCUAUCUCCCAGGAGAACCGGCGCGGGUUCCUGCUGGGCUAUGUGAUCCACUAUGCCGAGGAUCGGCAGCUAGAGAGAAAUAUUAGCCUGGGACUGCGGGUCCACAAGUACACGCUGGAGGGUCUCCGUAGCGGGGUGGCAUACCGGGUCCAGGUGUCCGGAUUCACACGGGGCGGGCCGGGGGUCCGGAGCGGCGCCACGCUGGUGGAGACGCGGCGUGGAGGUCCAAUUAACCUAACGGUACUUCUCACCAUCUCCACCCUUGUUGUGAUGACCGCCAUGUUGGUGACGCCCCUCCUCAGAAGCAGGGCCAAAGUGGUCUUUUGGCCUAACAUUCCCAACCCUGAAAGGAGCAAAUCCAUGCAUAAACUCGGUGCACCAACACAACCGCGCGUCGAAACGCUCAAGCUGGAAGAAUGCAUCGUGGAGAGACUGCUCGUCGUGGAGCUCCGAGUGCCGCCUUCCAAAUGCCAGCAAUCGGCCUGCGGCCAUUCGGCUGCCGUCGAUGAGGCGAGCGCGGCGAGCUCCCAUGGUGCUCCCUUAGCCGCCCCCUUCAGCGGAUACACCAGCUUGGACGUCAUUCAGCAGCUGAUGAUGGGCAAAGAAGGGGCGCUCACGCGGAAGACUAUGUGACGCAGUUUAGCGUCGAGUGCACACUCGUGUACGUUUGAUGGGCAUGGAAAACGUGUAUUUGUCACAACCGUGAUCCAGGAAUUAAGUCCAAUCGUUCUCCAGUCCUGCAGGGGGUGAUGCAUGAAGCACAAAAAAAAUCACUUGUUUAAAAAUGCAUUUUUUGGUGUAUUUUUUUUUUACUCAAACAUCACGUCAAAUAGAAGCUUGUGGACAUGAAACCAAUUUACAAUCACAUCAGUGCUCUCUUUUAAAAAAAUAGAAGAAAUCAAGUAAUUUGUGGAUUUAUGACACAAUACCGACUUCGUCUUUUGUAACCGAUGCUUAGCGCUAGACGCUAUGUUAAUAAAAGUUUCCGAUAUUUUGUACAGUGGCAGCGUAGGCACUUUAUGUUCGCUGCGUCACUUUCUUGCCUGACACGGACAACACUUUUUUUUUUUUAAAACAGUGUCACAAAAAUUUUAAGAACUAAAACAGCAAAAGCUGGCUCUUACCCCAGUGUCACUCUGCUGCUUGAAAGGUACUGACAUGAGAAUGGGGAUGAAGUCCUUCAGAGGUUACCAGCUUCGGCAGUAGUCGAGACUGGACGAAGGCUGUGUUUUCGUGUUUUAAGAUCAGAAACCCCCUUUCACACUGCUUGUCAAAUGCAGUCUUUUCCUGGCGUUGCUGUUCUGUGUGAAAUGUAAUGACACGGACAGGAAGUAGCGGUCGACCCAUCCAUUUGCCAGCUUCCGAUAGGUUGGACCAUAGGCGUAACAGAAGCAGGAUAAAGUUUUUUUUUUUUAGUAGUAGUAACUAUAAAUGGCUGUCUAAGCAAGUUUUUUCCACAGUAUUGCUGUUGUGCGUGAAAGUUAUUGACAAAGAACAGCAGGGGAAGUCAACUUGCCAGUUGAAUCCAGUAGAAGGAUCACAGGCAGGAUCCACAGCCGGGGCGUGAAGUUUGACAC